CCCACUAUAAAAAGUUUUACAUAUUUUUGGCUCUAGUACUUUCAUAUUUUCUUUUUGUUCUUUCUUACAUUUUCUUAUUAUUUGGUUUUGUACAUUUUGGGAACCAGAAAGGGAUUUAGUCUUUUAAUGUUUUCUCCCCCAGUCUAAAUGCCUAGCUAGUUGUUCGAAUGCCACUUUUGAUUAAUUCAUCAUUAUCUACUGAUCUGGUCUGCUGUCUUUACAGUAAAUAAAUUCCCAUAUGCAUGUUGCGUCUGUUUCUGGACUGUAUACUGAUCUAUUAGAAAUCCAUUUAUUUCUGAAUUUUAAAAAAAUUGGAGAGUCAUUAGAGUCUGGUUACCUUUACUCUUGAACAUACCUCUUAUAUGGCCUUCGAUUGCACAAAAGGAAAAACAUAAUUUGAAGGACAGAUCUAAAGAAGGAGAUUUCCUACACAUGAAGUUCAUAGUGGAUUCUGGGUGGUUUCUCAUCUGCUUCAGGUGAAAAUCUCGGGAGAAGCAGUGAGAAUCAUCCUGAUGAACCUUGUCUCAGUCAUCUGUAGGGAGCAGGACACUGGGGUUGGGAAGUCAAGCAUUGUGUGCCGCUUUGUCCAGGAUCACUUUGACCACAACAUCAGCCCCACCAUUGGGGCGUCUUUCAUGACCAAAACUGUGUCUUGUGGAAAUGAGCUUCACAAGUUUCUCAUCUGGGACACUGCUGGUCAGGAACGGUUUCACUCACUGGCUCCCAUGUACUACCGAGGGUCUGCCGCGGCUGUAAUAGUGUAUGACAUUACCAAACAGGAUUCAUUUCAUACCUUGAAGAAAUGGGUUAAAGAACUGAAAGAGCAUGGCCCGGAAAACAUCGUAAUGGCUAUUGCUGGUAACAAAUGUGACCUCUCGGAUAUUAGGGAAGUUCCCCUGAAGGAUGCUAAGGAAUAUGCUGAAUCCAUAGGUGCCAUCGUAGUUGAAACAAGUGCCAAGAAUGCUAUUAAUAUCGAGGAGCUCUUUCAAGGAAUCAGCCGUCAGAUCCCACCCUUGGACCCCCAUGAAAAUGGAAGCAGUGGAACAAUCAAGAUUGGAAACCAGAGCUUACAAGGCAGCCGGCGAUGCUGCUGACCCGAGAGCUGUGGCACCUGGAACUUGAAGAGGCUGGAGCCCUCACCCAUGCCCUGCUGAAGGCACCAGCUUUCAGGGACUGGCACUGACCACACUCCUGGAAGACCUGCAGAGAGUGAAGAAGAAAUGUCUCUGAAAAGGGAUUUUAGAAAACUCUGGAAAAAAAUCAACUGUGUCACCACAAAUGGCCUUUAGUGCGUGAAGUGCACGUGGAGGCAUUAUACUUAUUAGGCAAUAGGUAUAGUUGCCUUUUUUUGUUAAAAACAUUAGAAAAAUUUCAAUUUGUACAUAGAUCCUAAAGUACUGUUCUCCUCUGACUUCUGGUGUCACCUGCUUACCCAGGUUCCAAUAAUUUCUCCAGGGCUGUUGCCUGUGUUACCUGACCAGCCUUCACCAAAAGGCAAAGUCAAUGUAGAUGAUUAGUUUUUAACUGGCUUUGGAAGUAAGCCUUUAUUUAUUACUUUUCUGAGGAAAAUCAGAGAAGUGUAACUGGACCAUCAUUCAAGCUAAGACUUGGGCUUCUCUCAAAGAGAAGAAAGAUGCACUAGAAACUCACCUGCAUCUCUUUUCAUUUAAUUGAUGAACAUUCUUCUAAGUUUUGGUCAUAUGUAAACAAGGAAACCAACUCAGACACAUUGCAUAUAAUUUGGGGAUUGGGAGUCCUAGUUUAAAAGAGUCAGUUAAGUAGUUACUAUGUAAGCAGUGAUAGAUGGAGGGUAUCAGUAUUAUUCAGGAGUCAUCUGGCAUGCAUCACCUCCACAAUAACAAUUCUUAUACUCUUAGAGGUGCUUAAUGCACAGAAUAUGUCAUGGUGUCAAAGCUAUGGCAAAAAUUGAUUGGAGGAUGUUUGAGGUUAGAUUGUAGGGCAAACUUCUAAUAAUAUAGCAAUUAAUCAUAGGUCACUGCAAAGUCAGCAAGUAGAAGUAUUACUGCCAUAAAGUUCUAGACCCCAAAACUGUAAAAUCAGAGGUAGCAUUUUAAGCAUUGCCAGGCUUGAGAAGAGGGGACAAGGCCAACCAGAGGUCCAACCCAGGAAUGCUGAUGAGCUAAGAACAGGCUCUGGUGAAUGCAAGGGAAGUAAAGAGAGGGAAAGUGUGGAAAAGAAGAAAGCUAUUUCACUGAAAAUUCAAAUCCUGUUCCACUCUAAUGUUCAUAAAAACCUGGGAUCAAAAAGCAAUUGGCUUCUUAACAGGGCUUGUAUUGGGAGGUGAUUCUAAAAAGGAUUAGAGCAUUAGUGCCUUUUGUGGGGCCCAGGAAGCCAUGCAGGCGCAGCCUCAGAAGUGGGUCAUUAUGCAGCAUGCCCGUAAUGGCCAGCUGAUAUCUUUCCAUGGACACCCAAGGACCACGAACCUUUAUUGACAACCCGUGUAAAAGUCAGGAAGGGAACCCUAAGCUGAUUCAAAGCUGUGAGCUUCAGUAGCUCAGUACCUGACAUAGAGACCUGUCAUGGGUAUGUCACCAAGCUCUUGAUAGGCAAGACACUGAGUCAUGUCAUCUGCAGAAAGGAAGGGAUCUGGAGAUCUUAUAUUUGUUUUCUUUUUUGAAAUGCAGUCUUGCUAUAUUGCCCAGGCUGGCCUUGAACUCUAGGAUUCAAGUAGUCCUCCCAGCUCAGCCUCCCAAGUAGCUAGGACUUCAGGUGUGCACCACUGCUGUCAUCUUACAUUUUCUUUAUGUUGAUUGUAAUCAAGGAAACAGCCAGGUUCCAAUCAGAGACUUAUACUUCCAACUCAAGAAUGUGCUUCAAUGUGGCUGACUUUCUAUUGCUUCACCCAACUUUGGAGAGUUGAAUGACAGUCUUAGGCUGGAAGACAUUUCUUUGGUUUAAGAGGGUCACUUGGCUUCCAGAAAUAGGGACCUCCAAAGUGUUAGCAAGUAGAAUCUGGAUCUCUCAGUGUUGCCUUUGCAAGGCUUAUAGGGCUUGUUACCAUGUUGCCGACAUCACUGGCUGAUUCUGCUAGCAGGCCAAGGAAUUAUCACACUGCUUGCCAAAGGUGAAAAAUUAAACAUUGAAAUGACAUUUGUCGGGAUGUCAAGCAAGCUUAUUCCUAAGCAACUUUCCCUGAAAGCCUUGGUUUCUCUGCCAAGAUAUGUGAACUAAGAAGGUACCAUUCGCAGCUGAGAGUGUCGCAGCUUUAGGCUGAGUUUACAGUGGUUGUAUUUUGCAUAAAAUGUCUGGUUUUAACCCAUGUAUUGUACUACCCACUAAUGAGGCCCUGGUUUUAUUUCAGAAGCACAUGAGGGUUUGAAAGCACUCUCACCAUUCUGUAUUGCCUUAGUGAUUGAAGUCAGUCAGAGGGCAAAUGUGUGUGUGUGUGUAUGAAAUCACCACAAAGAGAGUGGAUGGCACUUGGGCACACAAGUAUUCCAUGCUAUCUUGAGUCUUCUCUCAAGAUAGAUGCUUCAGCCUUGUUCACGAUGGCACUUGCCUACGCUUCUUUAUUUUGACUUGGGAUUAUUUUCUGGCUCUUCUAAAAAUAGAACCAUAACCACAUAAUAGUAUGUAAAGGCCUGGAAACUUACUGUUGCCCCAGAAUGCAAAGUAGUUUCAUGGGCUAUACAUCUUGGCAUCAUCACCCAAAAUUUGACAACUCCACCCAUUUUUCUUUCAUAUGUGGUAUGUAUGUAUAUAUGUGUAAACAUGAUUUUAUAUUGGUUACACCAGCAUGCAAUCCAUUCCAAACUGUGAGUUUGGCAUAUGGCCGUGUGUUCUGUGAGAUAGUAUGGAUUCUCAGAGGGAUUCCUUGCCACUGCAAAUCCCUGAGAAGGGUUGUGGAGUCACGCAAACAUUUUAUGUAGGUACAGAAUUGACUUGCCAUUUUCUAGUUAAAAAUGGUACAUUAGGGUGCUGAAUAUGAUGUUACCAUGCAGACCAAAAGGUUGAAGACCUAAAGCUAAGUUUUAACCAACAAUAAGGGCAGGGCCCAAUGGAAACCAAGUUCAUUUUCCAAGGGAGGUUUGGAUGACAGAUGUUUCGUCUAAGGUCAAGGCUAAGGCCUUUGUGCGGGCUUCACUUCUCGCUGCUCUGCAAGACUUGUGGCAGUGGAGUGAUGAGCCAGCUCAUAAACUAAGGGGCUCUGGGUUGCAUUCCCUUUACCACCACUGCGAAGCCACACCCUGUGAUCCAGUGGUAGUGCUGUUGCCAACUGCUGCCUCUCCUGGUGUAUCUGUAAGGGGCUUCUGGCGGGCUGGACCCGGUUCUUGCAUCUGGAAGAUGCCUCUGCAGAGGACCUUGUACCUUGUACUCUGUUCUGUAGUCACAUGCUUCCCUCAACAAUGCCCAUUUGUAUCAAUUACUUCUGGUUUUA